AUGUACCGUAUCGAAUUGAUGCUGCACAUGUUGCUCGACUACCAACGCCCCAUGACGUCCGAGAUCACUCCGCUACUCAAUGGUCAUCCGCUCGAGUCGCCACCGUCCAUCAGGAGCUACGCGCGUGUGCACAAGCUGGCUGUACCGCCGUUCGCGGUGAUCUGCGCGAUCUGCCUGUUGCUCGGCGUGAGUUUAUGGCGCGGAACGGUCCCCAAUUUACAACUCAGCAAACACCAAGCCAAACCAAUCCGCGUUAUCACCUCUAACGGAGCUGAACACGAACAUUUCUGUGGAGACACCGAGCAAGACUCUGGCUAUAUCAAACUGCCCAAUAAAGUGGACGAUCACUACUUUUUUUGUGUGUUGGCGCUUUUGACUGAGAACGGGCCGUGCCGCGUUAGACCAGACUUGUCCACUGAGACGAACCCGUACUCGUGGACUAAUGAAGCCAACGUCGUGUGGUUGGAUCAGCCUACGAACGUCGGCUUCUCGUACGGACCUGAUCCGAAGGAUGCCGAUGAUAAUGAAGACAAUGUUGCAGAGAAUAUAUAUUGGUUCUUACAAGGUUUCCUCGAGCGCCAUCCAGAGCUACAAGGCCGCGACUUUUUCAUCUCUGGCGAGAGCUUCGGCGGUCAUUAUAAUCCGCAUUUCAUUGACAUGGCUACAAACGCAUACAACAUUUCGUUCGUUGACCCAGAUGAACUGCCAAAAUUAAUAGCUCAGGCAGAUAUUUGCGGCCACAUGAUGAAGGCGUGCCAGUCGCAGCCAUCGCUUUGCUGGGAUGCCGCAGGUUAUUGCCAAGACAACCUGGAGAGCGUCUUCAUGGCAGCUAAGAGAAACCCGUACGACAUCCGACAGCCAUGUGCCACCAGCGACACGGACGUCAUCCAGUGUAUUUCGAAGGAUAUCGAGUUGAUCACGCCUUAUCUCAACUCUCCAAACCUACGUCGGUUCCUUCACGUGGACGAUCGUGUCGGUGACUGGCAAAUGUGCAAUUUGGACGUGAAUUCUGCGUUUGCCAAGUCGUCUGACGUCAUGAUGUCGACUAGUGCGUUUGUUGGCGAUCUGCUGGACGCGGGGGUGCGAGUGUUGAUCUAUGCGGGUGACGCUGAUCUGGAGUGCAAUUGGUCGGGGAAUCUGGCGUGGCUCCACGCACUGGAAUGGAAAGGGUCGGCGUCUUUUAACGCCACGGAGGCACGCGACUUGGUCGUCGAUGAUGAAACUGUUGGCUCGGUGAUUUCAAAUGAAGAGCUCACAUUCGUCCGAGUAUUCAAUGCAGGACACAUGGUUCCUCAAGACCAACCUGCAGUGGCGCUCGACAUUAUCAACAACUUCUAUCACCAUCAAGUACUUUAA